AUGCGAGGUCGUCAAAGUCUCGCUGGGGGCCACAAAGAGCGUUGGUGGCAGGUCUCUGCUCGGUCACUGCCUUUAAUUGGAAGCCACAGCCAUGACGUUGCACAUACAGAGCUACUGCGAAACGAACACUUCCAUCUCCAGAACCUGGCUGGACCAGGGCCUAAAUAUGGCACGCCCAUGGAGCCAAAGUUCAGACCUCGCUCCUGCCUGUACAUCUUACAGCUAUCUCUCUCCGCAACGGUUUUGAUCCAGUUUGUUGGAUUGGUUGUGUGGAGAGCAGCGAGUGGCGUGGAGCUGCCCGGAUAUGUCGUGCUGUAUGGGAUUUUUAAUGUGAUCGUCUGGGGAUGGGCGAUCGCUUUGCUGAGGAUCGAGCGGAGAAGAGCCUUGCUCAUGGACAGGACCAGGGGCCAUAGCGCGGUGCUGCUGCUGAUCUGGGCCUUGGCUUUCGCUGCUGAGAAUUUGGCGUUUGUGUCUUGGUACAGUCCGCAUUGGUGGUGGAGCAUCGACACAGCCAAACAGCAGGUGGAGUUCGGCCUGUGGUUCGUGAGGUUCUUCUGCACCGCUCUCCUCUUCUUCAUCGGACUCAGAGCUCCAGGUUUACCGCGGAAACCAUACAUGCUACUGAUCAAUGAGGACGAGCGUGACGUGGAGCAGAGCCUGUUGGGAGCAGAUGGAGACAGCACCUCCACUUGGGAGGGCCUCAGACAGAAGCUGAGGCUACUGGUGCCUUACAUGUGGCCCAAAGGAAACACCAUCCUCCAAACUCUGGUUAUGUUCUGUCUGUGUCUGCUGGGAGCCGAGAGGGCCAUCAAUGUCUUUGUGCCCAUCUGCUACAAGAACAUAGUGAAUGCCUUGACCCAGCACAACCCCUGGAGCUCGCUGGCCAGCAUCGUCUGCAUUUACGUCCUGCUGAAGCUGCUGCAGGGAGGAGGAGCAGGCUCAUCAGGUCUGGUUAGUAACCUGCGUUCCUUCCUGUGGAUCCGUGUGCAGCAGUUCACUAACCGCGUGGUUCAGUUGCGUCUGUUUGGUCACCUCCACUCGCUGUCGCUGCGCUGGCACCUGGGACGCAAGACCGGGGACGUGCUCCGCAGCAUCGACCGUGGCACCAGCUCCAUCAACUCCCUGCUCAGUUACAUCGUGUUCAGCAUCUUCCCAACCAUCGCGGACAUCGUCAUCGCCAUCAUCUACUUCAUCACCAACUUCAAUGCCUGGUUCGGCCUCAUCGUCUUCGUCUGCAUGACGCUGUACUUGACUUUGACGAUCAUCAUCACCGAGUGGAGGACGAAGUACAGGCGCGACAUGAACCUUCAGGACAACAAUGCCAAGUCCAAAGCCGUGGACUCGCUCCUCAACUUUGAGACGGUGAAGUACUACAACGCAGAGAGCUACGAGGUCAGCCGCUUCGAGGACGCCAUUUUGAAAUAUCAGGCGUCUGAGUGGAAGACACAGGCCUCUCUGGCGUUCCUGAACCAGACCCAGAACCUGAUCAUCGGCACAGGUUUACUGGCCGGAUCACUGCUCUGCGCGUACUUCGUCUCUGAGAACAGAUUCAUGGUUGGAGAUUUUGUCUUGUUUGGGACAUAUAUAAUCCAGCUGUACACUCCACUCAAUUGGUUUGGCACCUACUACAGAAUGAUCCAGAACUCCUUCAUCGACAUGGAGAGCAUGUUUAAACUAUUUGAAGAAGAAGAAGAGGUGAAAGAUGAGGUGAAUGCAGGCAACCUGAACUUCCAACAGGGAAAAGUGGAAUUUGAGAAUGUCUAUUUCAGCUACACCAAUGGAAAAGAAAUCCUCAGGGAUGUCUCCUUCACUGUGCAGCCAGGACAGACUCUUGCUUUAGUGGGGCAGUCAGGGUCUGGGAAGAGCACCAUCAUCAGACUGAUCUUCCGUUUCUACAACGUUCAGGGAGGGUGCAUCCGCAUCGACGAACAGGACAUCUCUAAGGUAUACGGGGACACUGGGUUCCCGUGGUGCUAG